AUGUCCGCUAUUCCAACCAAUACCCCAACCACUCCAGAAUCCACAACUGAUGAAACGUGUAAAUGCAUGAUUUCCCAAAAAGAAUGCGAAACAUUUCAAGGAAAACUGAAAUGUUUGAGAACUUUGAAGAUGCAUCCAAGAGCUUCUCAGCCAGAAUUAAAAAAAUGCUUCAAUGUUCUAGAAACAGCGUUUUCUUCUAUUAUUUCUGCCCGACAAUACAAACUAGAUAAGGAAAUCCGGAAGCAGAUUCUAAAGACAAUCGAAGACAUGAAAUUUUUUGAGAAUAAAAUCAUCCGCGUGAUUCUGCAAGGAGAUUUAGUAGAAGGACUUGACUAG